GUGAAAAUUGUGCAGCGGAAAAGAGCGAGCUUCGGGAUGGGAAUGAACUGUUGUUAGUUGCGAGGACCUAAGAAAGCGGCCUUUACCAUGAAAGCUUACGGGAUCACGAUUCUGUUGUUCAUAGAUUCUUGUCUCCAAUCUGUGGACGGGUAUUUGAGUUCCCCCCAUGUGGGCCAGGAACCCCCUUACAACCGAGAUGCACAGCAGAGCCCAGUUAUUACAAGCCCAGUGGUCCCAGCUCCCACCACAGUGUCUCCAAUAAGUCCGUCUGUACAUAAGUGUCCGAGUAGAGGCCUGUGCUCUAAGCUACCCGCUGACUGCAUCACCUGCACUCAACUUUACAACUGCACCUACGGAAAGCCUGCCUCCUUCUCCUGUGAGGCCAAGCCGGAUGUCCACUGCCUUGGGCCGUCAGGACAACAGGUGACUAACUUCUCUCUCACCAUGAAUUGCCAGUUCUGCUGGCAGCUGGACCCUUCAAAGUACCAGUGCACCAACUCUACCAGCUGUAUGACGGUGGCUUGUCCUCGCAAGCGCUACAAUGCCACCUGUACUGUGCUGGACCAUGUGCACUGUCUGGGGAAUCGAAUUUUCCUAAAACGUCUGUACUGCAACUGGACAGGAGGGUACAAGUGGUCAACAGCUCUGGCCCUCAGCAUUACGCUGGGCGGCUUUGGGGCUGACCGGUUCUAUCUCGGGCAGUGGCGAGAAGGUCUUGGGAAGCUCUUCAGCUUUGGUGGGUUGGGCAUCUGGACGCUGAUUGACGUGCUGCUUAUUGGAGUGGGCUACGUGGGUCCCGCAGACGGCUCUCUCUACAUCUGAGCUGAAGGAUGGACGGAACAGGGUUGCUCCAGGCUUGGUUUUCUGCCCAUGAGUGUAACUUUAAUGCCCUGCCCCCACCAUUAUAUUCCUGUUAUCACAUGCAAACUCCCCCUGGAACACACUGCACUGCCUGAAACGGCCUCCUACAACAGACUGGUCAAAGAUGCCUCGGUUUGCACUCGUCAGGCGGCCUGCUCGUCCCUCAAGACUGUAUUUCUCCUUUCUGUAUUAUUAUUCCUGUGUGCAAUUUAAAGUACAAUCCCACGGAGCAAGGAACAAGCAUUUGAGCCAGACAUGUGAGGUGCAGUUUAAGAGGAAUUUCCUGUGCAUGUGUGUUCCGUAUGUCCAGUUAUUUUCCAUCACUUUUGUGUUUCCGUGGUUGAGAUUAUCCAUCAGUGUGAUGGAAUGAUUGUACGUAUUUUGAAGAGGAACAUGGAAAAUAUAUAUUAAAAAAAUUCUCUGUUUGAUGCUUUAAACGGCUAUUAGAUGCAAGGCAGGCAUUGCUGCUGGUUACGGUGUCCCCAUGCUAUGUGAAAACAGGAUGCAUCUUCACUAAUUUUUGCAAAGCAGACUGUUAAUGGUUGUAUAUACCUUUUUGUUUUGUUUUGUGAAUGAUAUUUAAUUAUCAGUCUGUAUAUGUUAAAUCCUACUGCAAGUUCUGUGCAGAAAAGCUACCUGUAUAUGAAUUACAUAUAGCACAUAUUUGAACAUUGGUGCUUGGGAUAUAUUCUGCUCAUUGGAGACCAAUAUUGUGAUGAUGGAUAAGAAGUAAUGGUUAAGCCACAUCUGUCUUCAUUGGUAGCACAAUUUGAAACUUCAAAUGGAAAAAGGUUAUUGUACAGUAAAUGUAUAUAUGUGCAAAGUAUAUAUAAUGUAAUACUUGACAGAAAUACGAGUAAUUACUUAUUCAGUAGAUGAGUAUGUGCAGCACUAACUACUAACUACUGUUGAAACAUGUUUUGGUAAUGCAACUAAAUAUUUGUUAAAACGAAUGUAUAUAAAGUCUCUUAUGGAUUUUUUAAUAA